GACUGCUGGUUCGAGGUGCAGAUUUCAGUCAGCCAGCUGACAAUUACACAGUUUGCCAAGGGGACAACGCAACGCUAAGCUGCUACAUAGACCAACAGGUGACGCGUGUGGCUUGGCUGAACCGUUCCAACAUCUUGUAUGCUGGCAAUGAUAAGUGGUCCAUUGACCUGCGGGUGCAGCUACUACAUUACAGCCCCUCGGAGUUCAGCAUCCUGAUCAGCCACGUGGAUGUGUACGAUGAAGGACUCUACACAUGUUCUUUCCAGACCCAGGACAAGCCUCACACCUCGCAGGUGUACCUCAUCGUACAUGUUCCAGCUCGGAUCGUGAACAUUUCCUCAGCUGUGACGGUGAAUGAAGGAAGCAAUGUGAAUUUGCUCUGCCUGGCAGUGGGGAAACCGGAACCGACGGUAAUUUGGCGACAGCUGAAAGAUGGAUUCACCAGCGAAGGAGAAUACCUGGAGAUAUCAGAGAUCAACCGAGAACAAGCUGGGGAAUACGAGUGCGUCACAGCAAACGGUGUUUUGACACCAGACAGCAAACACGUUCUUAUCACAGUCAAUUAUCCUCCAAUCAUCACAGAUGUAAAGGACUCCCGUCCCUUGGUAGGAAAGACAGCCCUCUUGCGCUGUGAAGCCAUGGCAGUGCCCGCUGCGGACUUUCAGUGGUUCAAAGAUGACAAGCAAUUAACUAGUGGCUUGGAUGGACUGCAGAUCCAGAAUGAACGCACACGCUCCAUAUUGCUCUUCACAAAUGUUACCGCUCGACAUUAUGGAAAUUACACCUGCCUGGCUUCUAACAGUCUGGGCUCCUACAAUGUCAGCUUGCGGCUUAUCAGACCGGGUUCUCUGGACAAUGUAGCGGUGGCCAGCACAGAACCUCCUGUCCUCUUGGGUCUGCUGUCGUCUGUUUUUGUGACUCUGUUAUUUAAGAUUUAG